CAGCGGCGGGGCCGCGGCUGCGCCUCAAGUGAGAUUGAGCUGACGGGGGUUUUUUUUAAAAAUUUUGUUUCGUUCUUCUUUCUCCCGACGCCAUUUUGGGACGGACGACGACGAUGGAACAGACGAUGCUGGCCUUGAACCGAAGCUCCAACAGCGCCUUGCUGCAGCUCCACACCAAUCUUUACUGCACGCCGGCGUCCCGGGCCGCCUGCAGCCCACCCCGCCUCUUGCCGGGAGCCGCCGACGGCUCCUUACCCCAGACCCCCGACGGCGGGGCCAGCCCGGUCGAAGACGAGCUGGGCAGCCGCCACCUUUUCCCCGAGGACCCUUUCUACGGCAGGACUUACACGCUGGUGCGGGGCUUCAUCCGAUGGCACGUCAAGCCGCAGCAGGAGGCGGCGACGACGACGACUCCGCCGCUUUCGCCGGGCGGCGGCCCCAGCUGGCUCGGUUGCCUCCGAGACGGCGGAGACGACGACCGCCAGGCGAUCGAGACGCUGCGAAGGAUCGGGGACCGCCUGAUCGAGAAACACGGCACCGCCUUUAGGGGAAUGAUAAAUCGUUUGAAUAUCUCUGAAAAGAGGGACCUGGACACUAUCUCGAGGGUUGCCACUGAAAUGUUCAGUGAUGGUGAGGUGAACUGGGGCCGGGUGGUGAGUUUCAUCGCCUUUGGGGCUGUGAUGGGUGAUCACCUAAAGAAGAUCCAGCGUGAGGACUGCAUUGAUGAAGUGGCUGUGCGAAUCUCUCAAUACCUGACGCAACACAAGAGGGGGUGGCUAGAGACUCACAAUGGCUGGGAUGGCUUCACUAAAUUUUUCCAUGAGAACAAUGCAGAAGAGUCAGCGAAGAAAGCGUUAAUGUGGAUUGCAGGUUUCGGUAUUGCUGGGGCAAGCAUCAUGCAUCUCUUGAGGUGAAUCCUGACCUUCAUCUCCUGCAACAGGACACUGCUCUGGGCCCAGUUAUGCUAUGUUCCCCCUGCUCCCCCCUUACUCUCUGUCCCAUCCUGGUCAAGGACACUGCUGGGACCAAGUCCCACUGACCAGUUUCCAUUUGGGAGCAGCCUUUGAGAUGACUGGGUAGGGGUGGUAAACUGAGGGGGGAGCAGGACUGAAGGAGCAGGCCCUUCACUGAAUGUUGGAAUAGGAGGGCCAUCAAGUCACAGCAUACUGGCCCCUGAAGUGGGAAGUGAUGGAAUCCUGUGUUGUCCACUUUGGUGCACGUGUGGAGCCCUGAGACUACUGUUUGCAUUUUCAUGCUGUUUUAAGGACUCCUGGGAACUUUUUAAAAUCAACGAACAGUGUUGGGGACUCUGAAAACCCUGAUCUUGUGCUGCAUUGACUCUCUCAUUGCUUCACACUCAAACAUGAGCUGGACAUGGAAAAGACCUCCACUUCAGCAUUGCCUCUCCAGACCUUCAUUCUCCCCUCACUCUGCUUUCCCAAGUUUUGAAAGGGCUGCUGAUAGGAAUUUUGGGGUGGAAGGGAGGGCUGUGGUGAGAGAUUUGGUAUAAGUGCAGUUAGUGGUGAUAG